AUGUCCACCGAUCAAAUACGCCUUCAGCAUCAGUCUUAUCCAGAUACCUCGCGUUCCUUUCCAGAGUCGGCGAUUCCUGUCGCCAACCCCGGCUCUGCCGACCUCAACGGCUUCGCAUUUGGAGUAACUGAAAAUGGUCUCGCAGAUUCCACGCGACCGCAAAGUAUGAUGGAGGCUCCCGACUUUCCCGACUUUUCAUUUCCAUACCAUGGGCUGUCCGAGGGCAGCCACAUGAUGGGUUUGGAGGAUCAUGGGCCCGCUGACCUAUUUUCGAAUACCGGGGCUGGUUCCAUCUCGUCAAUGGGCGACCGCCGAAAUUCCGUGGCGUCCGGCUCCAAUUUUGCAGUCAACGAACAAGCCGUCAAAUCGCAACCCCAGGACGGAUCCGAACAGGAAAGCCCAGGGAGCAACCAGCACGGUGUCAAUUCACUCGAGGACAACAUGUCGGAUGAAUUUGGCUUCUCCAACAACCUGCAAGGCGAGGGCCAGGACCAUGGACACGCACGAGACUCGAAAUCUGAUGCUACGCCGGCGUGGAGUGAGCUUAAAACAAAGGCUGGCAAGGAGCGUAAACGACUUCCCCUGGCAUGCAUAGUGUGUCGGCGCAAGAAGAUACGGUGUUCAGGCGAGAAACCGGCUUGCAAGCAUUGCCUUCGGGCCCGCAUUCCCUGCGUGUACAAGGUCACUACCCGAAAGGCUGCACCGCGCACGGAUUAUAUGGCCAUGCUGGACAAGCGACUCAAGCGAAUGGAAGAUCGCAUCCUCAAGAUGGUGCCAAAGUCGGAGCAAGACCCUUCGGCAGCAAACGUGGUGCGCGCCCAGGUAAAACCACAGCUUCCCAGCUCGGCAACCGCUAGUAAGCAGAGCGCCAAGAAGCGGGCUGCGGAUGAGGCCUUUGGGGCUGAUUUUGACAAUUGGGCGCGGCAACCACCUAAAGCCAAGCCGACGGCAACGGCAACGACGGAGGAUUCGAAUAAACCAACAUCGUUGCAAGUCCAAGAGCAGGAGGAUGGAAAGCUCCUGGUUGAGGGCCGUGAUGUCUUACCGACCAAGGAAAUACAGGUACAUCUGGCUGACAUAUUCUUUGAAAACAUAUACGGCCAAGCAUAUCAUCUACUCCAUAAACCGAGCUACAUGCGAAAGUUAAAGACUGACGCUUUGCCGCCGGUACUGGUACUUUCCGUAUGCGCUAUUUCCGCACGCUUCUCAAACCAUCCUGUAUUCGCAGGCAAGCCGCAUUUUCUCCGCGGCGAGGAGUGGGCUGUGGCUGCUCGCGAGAUUGUCACGAGACGCUACGACUGGCCGAACAUCACAAUCUUGACAUGUCUCCUGAUCCUUGGGUUGCACGAAUUUGGAACGUGCCAAGGAGGGAGGAGCUGGGCAUUGGGCGGUAUGGCCAUAAGAAUGGCAUUUGCGUUGCAGCUUCACAAAGAUCUGGAAUAUGACCCUACAGGCACUAACCCUGCGACUCAAUUGAGCUUCAUCGACAGGGAAAUUCGACGGAGGACCAUGUGGGCUUGCUUUUUGAUGGAUCGAUUCAACUCUUCCGGCACAGAUCGCCCCAUGUUUAUCAAGGAAGACACACUUCGAAUCCAACUACCCAUCAAGGAGAAAUUGUUCCAGCUGGAUAUGCCAGGCCCGACAGAGGAUCUUGAUGGCAGUGUACCACAUCCUGUGCCAAAAGAUCAGGGUCAGCUUUCAAGUGCCAAAGACAACAUGGGGGUUGCGGCUUACAUGAUUCGCUCCAUUGCGCUUUGGGGCAAAAUUAUCAGCUUUCUCAAUCAGGGCGGCAAAGAGGCCGACAAGCAUCCAAUGUGGGAUUCCGAAUCUCGGUACUCUGCACUUCUCAAGCAGGCCGAAGACUUUAGCCCCGGGCUCCCCGAUGGACUCAAAUACACAUCCGAGAAUCUCCAUCUGCACGAUACUGAAGGCAUGGCCAACCAAUUCCUCUUUCUGCAUAUUUCCAUACAACAAAACAUUCUCUUCAUGAAUCGCUUUGCAGUGUCCUCGCCAUCGGGCUUGUCGCAGAGCGAUGUGCCAAAAACCUUUGUCACAAAAGCCGGUGCCAAGGCGUUCGCGGCGGCAAAUAAGAUCUCUGAACUGUUGAGAGACUCGGACAGCUACCUCAUAGCCGCCCCCUUUGUUGGCUACUGCGCCUUCCUCUCGAGUACAGUACACAUCUUUGGCAUAUUCUCGGGCAAUGCGGCAGUGGAGCAAUCGUCCAAGAAGAAUUUGGCUACCAAUGUGAGAUUUCUACAGAAGAUGAAACGUCACUGGGGAAUGUUUCACUUCAUGUCAGAAAAUCUGAGAGAGCAAUAUCGGUCCUGUGCAGACGCUGCCCAAAAGGGCUCUUUGCCCACGGACAAAGCUACUGCAUCGCCCAUCUUCCAGUAUGGAGACUGGUUCGAUCGUUAUCCGCAUGGGGUAUCCCAAUCCGACUUUCUGGAUCCUGCAGGAAACAAGAAGAAAGAGACGGGAGAUGAUGCUGUCCUCGGGCAGAAGCCAGAUGUAUAUACUGUUGAAGAGUUCUUUAAUAAGCUGUCGCCACCACAGAGCCAAGAAGGUCGCGAUCCAGCAAGCGGGCCGGCGCGGCCGUCAGCAGCAAAGCGACGCUCCUUUGCCGCCACUGUCAGUAAGAAAGGCAGCUUGGCUGCCCGGGGCGACAGUUCGCAACAGCUGGAGCCACUUUUGACUGAUCUGCCAUCCUCGAUUCCAGAGCACGUACAGCAGCGAAUCCAGGCUCAGCGGCAACAGUAUGCAGCUCGCUUAAAGACGCAAACAAGCGACCCCAGCUCAUUGCAUCUUGAGUUGCCCCAUGACAGGCGCAACUCUCAGCACUUUACGGGAGCCGCGGCACCCAACGCCGUCUAUCAUGCGAUGUCUCCGAUUAGCCCUGUGACACAUGGCCUCGGGCACCCAUUUGCUGGACAUCAUGCCGGUGCGCAUCCCGGCAACCAUCCUGGCUUUUACGGCCCCGAUCUUGUUGCGCUGGGUCUGCCCAACAAUACCGGGUUGCUGCCACAACUUGACCGGCAAAUGGUUUUCAACGCUUACGGUGGGAUGGAUCCCACGGCAAAUAUUAGUGGUCCAGAGGGCAUGACGGACUGGGAUGAGUUGGCCAGCAGCAGCAGAAUGAACGGCGGUGCCAGUGGUCCCAGCCGCGACGGGGUGAGCGAUGGCUUACCAACCAAUUUUACCCAGCCUUCGAGUGCCUGGUUCAUGCCGUUCAAUAUGGAAGCACACGAGCUCGGCCAAGAAAUGAGCAGCGCUGGCCUAGGCAGCAUGGAUAAUUUUGGAGUUUUUAGUCCCGAAGGGAUGAGCACGGCGGCUCCUGGGUCCGGCCUUGGAAUGAGGAGGGGCUCGCACCGGUGA